AUGCUCAGUCCUUCUUUGUUGACAUCCGGGUUGGCCCUGGCCUCUCUGGCCUCCGCUAGCUGGAGCGGGCUUCCCAAAUUCGGAGAGAAGCAGUUCGACCAGUCGUUCCUCGAUGGAUACAAUCUGCUGAAGCACAUGGGCAGCUUCGCGCCCUACUCUAAUCGUGCAUCGUACGGCGUGGACAGAAACACUCCCGAGGGCUGUGAAGUCGACCAGAUCCAUAUGCUCAUGCGCCAUGGUGAGCGCUACCCCGACGCGAGUUUCGGAGUAGAAUUUGUCAAAGUUUUGGACAAGAUGAACUCUAGCGUUUCUACUUAUGCUGGAGAUCUUGCUUUCAUGAACGAUUGGACCUACUACGUCGACGAUGCGGGCUUGUACUCUCAGGAAUCCACCACUGGACCGUACGCGGGUCUACUUGAUGCCUUUUCUCGGGGUAGUGAGUAUCGCCAGCGCUAUGGUCAUCUUUGGAAUGGCGAAUCUGUUGUCCCUAUCUUUAGCUCUGGUUAUGAGCGGGUGAUUGAGACUGCUCGGUACUUUGGCCAAGGCUUCUUUGGAUACAACUACUCCACCAGUGCGGCGAUUAACAUUAUUCCCGAGGCCGCGAGCCAAGGAGCCGAUAGUCUGACCCCGUCUUGCACGGCUGGUCUUGAAGAUUACUAUACUUGCUCUGAGGAUCGGUUCUCCGCGACAUUGCCCCCAUUGGACGCUGCUGCUGCACGUUUUAACUCUCAGAAUUCCGGACUCAACCUCACUGGGACUGAUGUUCUCAUGUUGAUGGAAAUGGCUGCUUUUGAACUCAACGUCCGGGCUGCUACCCCAUGGGCGGAUGCAUUCAAAAUGGAUGAAUGGGUCGCCUAUGGCUACAUCUGGGAUUUGGCCUACUACUAUUGCUUCGGAGCCGGUAGCGAAUAUCAGACUGCCGCAGGCCAAGUCUACGCCAACGCCACUCGUCACCUCAUGCAAUCCGGUCCUAAAGAAGGCAAGAUGUUCUGGAGCUUUACUCACGAUGCCGACAUUACUCCCGUUAUUGCCGCCCUGGGAAUCGACGUCCCUGAACACCAUCUUCCCAACAACACUAUCCCCUUCCCCAGCCCCUACCGUGUGGCCGACAUUGUUCCCAUGGGUGGUCAUCUUACCCUGGAGCGCAUGACAUGCAAAGCCACUACUAUCAGCAAGGCCGGUGUCUACGUCCGCGCAAUCCUGAAUGAGGCCGUUGUGCCCUACAGUUCGUGCCAAAGCGGACCUGGCUACUCAUGCCCACUGGCCAAGUUCUCUGCUAUUGUCGACAAAGCUCCCAAGUUCGAUAAAACUUGCAAGACCCCGUCGUCCUAUCCUCAGUAUUUGGACUUUUUCUGGAACUACAACACUACUACCGAUUAUAACUACCAGAGCGGUCCGAUUGGAUAUGCCGUUACUGAUAUCGAUGUUUGA